AUGUCCUGUAAAAGUGCCUUUGGAUCAAGAACUCCUCGUUUCGCGACAAAAGGUGUCCAUCCAGACUGGAAACUGCCCGGCGAUUAUUUGCAAAUCUACUACGAGCCUGAAGUGCACGCUGAUAGAAAGACAGAAUUUUACAAUGUUCAGACAGGUCCUUUCACGGAGGAUCAUGCUCGCAAACUUCGCGAUAGUCCAGGUUGGAAGAAAGGCUUCGACUUGUCAAAAGAAAUGGCGAUUCCGCAUUUGCUUUACAAACCGCAGUUUGAAAAGAACAAGGAAAUCGAGGCCCGAUUUGGCCCGGGAAUGUACAAGCACACCGACUUCAUUCAGGAAAUGAACAAAAAGCCAAGCUCGAAAUUGGCGCUCUACGACCGGCCGGAAUCAAGGAGAACUCCGAAAAACGAUACUCCUGGUCCAGGAGAGUAUACUCCAAAGAAAAGGGCAACAACGGUCAAAUCGGUCAAUGGGACCUAUGAAUUGAGUCCCACUUCGUUCAGGAGAAACGAAAUUAACCUCCUCGAUCAUCCCUCUCAGCCCUCUGAUCGAUCGAGCUCUUUCAAUCGAGAAACCAACCUCUUCCCGGGCGCUUUUCACAAAAAUCUUUCACUGAAGAAAUUUUGUCAAAGCAAGUCUCGAAACGCGGCCCUUACGAUCUCAUACGAAGUACAGUCGUUUACAGAUGUCCUGCAGAAAGAGAACAAAGGCAAGUUCAACAUGAACAAGUAUCAGUACAAUCCAUCAAGACUUGCCAGGCAUUUACCGCCAUCAGACAACCCAGCUCCGUCAGACUACAGCCCUCAUUCUUCUUCUACAACGACUGAUAAAACACCGGCGGGAAAACGGGCUCCAUUUUUGACAUCAGCACCGCGGGAGAGAAAAAACUACAGAAUGCCGUGCGAGGGAUGGACGGAUAUCAACAGAUUCUCGCGUUAUCAAUCCAAAAAAGUACUCGGGCCAAAAGUAGAGCCGAAGCAACCCAGAUUUGUGCAUCCAACAGCUGGGCUCAGCAACCUGUGUAGAAGACCUGAGUCAGGAUACUGA